ACCAUCUGGAAAAAAAAAACUGUGGGUGAAGUGAGAAGCGAUUUCGAGAGUUGGAUUAUCAGAGUAAAUCCUUGUCUUUCGUUGUUGAUUUAUGGAUGUAAUCGACUAGAAUUUCAAUUUAGGGAUCUUGCAUGAUGUUUUUCUCGGGAUUUAGGGUUCGGGGAUGUGUAUUCAAAACGAUUUGGGGAUUUUUUUGAUUUGGGGUUUUUUCGAUUUGGGUCUUUCAAUCGAUUCGAGUUUGAUUUGGUUAGUACUUUAUGGUUAGUGACGAGUUUUGUUCUUGUUCCUCUGCAUCUACGGUCUAACCAUCUGCAAAAUCAACGACGACAAGAACGUCCUCAGCUAUACUUCUCCAGACAUCUAAAGAAUGUCUUUCUGCACCAAACUCGGAGCUUUACAGAAAAAAAUGUUCCAAUGAUAUCAAUGCUCUGCUUCAUGUCCACAAAAAUUUUCAUUGGUGGUCUAUCACCUGGAACUGAUGAACAGUCCUUGAAGGAUGCUUUCUCUACCUUCAACGGUGUUACAGAGGAGAGCUAUAGAAGAUGAGAAGAAAGACAGUAAGGUAGUGAGCCGAUCUGUAUGGAAAGAUCCGUUCGUUGAUGCUUUCUUGAUGAAGAAGAAAAACGCAGCUUUGAACAAGAAGAUAUGGUGGUCAAGGAGAUCGACAAUUCUGCCAAAGUAUGUUGAUUCCUCGGUGAGAAUCUACAAUGGUAAAAAACUCAUGUGCGUUGUAAGAUCACUGAGGGGAAAGUUUGUCUUUACAAGAAAAGGAAAUGGAGAGAGCUUCAUUGGUAACAAGUAUGUGUUAUGAUAUUUGGUUUUUAUUUUUGGCAAUUGUAUUAUUGACUAACAUGUUUAAUAAUUAAAAAAAAAUCCUAAGGACUCCUAAAUGGAAU